AUGUUCGAGAUUGAUAUCAUCAAUAGUGAGGAACAAUGUUGUUUCUGUGAAAAACCGUUCCCCGAAGAUAUGGAAGAACACCAAAAACAAUGUCCGGAUCAAUUACCGCUUUCACCAUAUGAAAUUAAAAGAAAAAUACUUCAACGACAACUCGAGAAUUUGACGUAUCAGCAUGAUAUUGUUGCCAGCAUGUUGCGCUACGAUGUGACAGUCCCCGUGAAGAACGAACUGGGAGAAGAUUUCUGCCAUAAUUGUGCGACUUUCGAGGAACAUAAGAGAGAUAAUUGCCUUAAAAUGACACGAAUCGAAGCUUUUGAAGCGCUUCUUCCCAAAAUACGGUAUGAUUGGCUGAACAUACACUAUCAGCUUGUGAACGUGGAUUUCGACGAAAGAAUGGAAACGGCGGAAAAAGAAGCUGCAAGCGGAAACUUGAAUAAGGAAAGGCAAUUAAGUCAACAGAUGUUGGAACUAUUGCAGUUCAGCCCAUCGUUCAGCUCAAUGAGGUGCGGAAGAGAAGAUGAGAAGGAAAAAAUAGCGGACGUCCUGAAAAACCAGUCGGAGCCUUUCGAGAUAGAGAAACGAAAAAUUGAACGAAGGAAGAAUUUCGAAAUGAGAAAGGGUGAAAUGAAGUUUGACGAAUAUGUUCGAAAGACGAAAAUAUCUCUGAGCGCGAGGGAAACAAGAAACUCGGGCGCGCGAGUCAUUCGAUUUCAUUCAACUUUCAAGAAAGGUCAGCAGAGACCAGAUACUCAAAUAAAAAUGAUGUACAAAGUGUGA